CUAACCUCAUUUCAACCUUCAUUUAUAUUAUCAUUCAAAAUAUGGCUGCUUCAGUUAGUGCUGUUGUCUCCCUUCCAUCUUCAAAAUCAUCUGCUGCUAUUUCAUCUUCAAGAUCAUCUCUCAUUUCUCAAGAAAGAGUCUCUUUCACUAAGGUGCCAUAUUACAAAAAUGUGUCAACAAGUGUUAAAUCAUUAUCAAUUAGAGCCCAAGUCACAACAGAUGCUGAGGCUCCUCCAGUUGCUAAAGUAGAGAAAGUUUCAAAGAAACAAGAAGAGGGUGUGAUUAUAAACACAUACAGACCAAAGGAACCAUAUAUCGGUCGGUGCCUUCUCAACACCAAGAUCACCGGUGAUGAUGCCCCUGGUGAAACUUGGCACAUGGUCUUCACCACAGAGGGUAAGAUCCAAUACAGAGAAGGACAAUCCAUUGGUGUCAUCCCAGACGGAAUUGAUCCCAAGAACGGAAAGCCACACAAACUGAGAUUGUAUUCCAUUGCUAGCAGUGCUAUUGGUGACUUUGGAGACUCCAAAACUGUCUCUCUAUGUGUGAAAAGACUUGUCUACACGAAUGACAAAGGCGAAGAAGUUAAAGGAGUUUGCUCAAACUUCUUAUGUGACUUGCCGCCUGGAGCCGAGGUGCAAAUAACGGGUCCAGUUGGAAAAGAAAUGCUUAUGCCAAAGGAUCCUAAUGCAACUGUUAUUAUGCUUGCAACUGGAACCGGUAUUGCUCCUUUCCGCUCAUUUAUGUGGAAAAUGUUCUUUGAGAAGCAUGAAGACUAUAAGUUUAAUGGUUUGGCAUGGCUCUUUUUGGGAGUUCCUACAAGCAGCUCCUUGUUAUAUAAAGAGGAAUUUGAGAAAAUGAAGGAGAUGAAACCAGAUAACCUGCGUGUUGACUUUGCUGUGAGUAGAGAGCAAACUAAUGAGAAGGGGGAGAAGAUGUACAUUCAAACCAGAAUGGCUCAAUACGACAGAGAGCUCUGGGAGUUACUCAAGAAAGACAACACCUUUGUAUAUAUGUGUGGGCUUAAGGGCAUGGAGAAGGGUAUUGAUGACAUUAUGACUUCAUUGGCUGCCGAAGAUGGUAUCGACUGGGUAACAUAUAAGAAGCAAUUGAAGAAAGAAGGGCAAUGGAAUGUGGAGGUUUACUAAGUGGUUUUGUAUCUUCUUGUACAAAUACAGCCCUCUCUUUGUAGAUAGCUCUGGAUGAUUGUUUCGACUGCAUAUUCAAAAGGAUACAGAAUCGAUAACGCCAUUAUGUGAGAGGGCUUCACCAGCAUUACAUGAAUGUAAUAAUGGUAGCAUAUUGUUCUUGUUCAUUGCUUCUCACUAUUUAUAGGCUAUGAUGUAUGUGUCUUUGAUUUCAUCUGAUUCCAAUAUGAUUUUGCCAUGUUACAUUGAGGACACAAGUCAAUGACAGAGCUACUUCUUUCGUGUA